GUGUUGUGAUCUCAAUUUCAAUUCAAUUUACUAUGGCUUCUUCUUCAUCAUCGCGUUCUCAUUCGGAGUUUUCUGUCUUCUUGAGCUUUAGGGGCGAGACACGGACAUCAUUCAGCGAUCAUCUCUACACAAGCUUGCUGGAAUCUGGGGUUUCAACCUUUCGAGAUGAAGAAGGGAUCUGGAAAGGUGACAACAUUUCUGAUGCGUUGAAGCAGGCCAUUGAGGCGUCUGAGAUGUCCAUUGUUGUAUUCUCCAAAAAUUAUGCCCAAUCCAGAUGGUGCCUUAACGAGCUGGUGAAAAUGGUGGAGUGUAAACAGAAAUUUGGACAAAAGAUUCUUCCCAUAUUCUAUCAUGUUACUCCUUCAGAGGUUCGCAAACAGACAGGCGAGUUUGGUAUUGCACUGAAUCAACAUAUAGAGCAAUUUGGAGAAGAAACAGUUAAUGAGUGGAAAACUGCCCUCACUACCGUUGCUGAUUUCAGCGGAUGGCAUAUCAUGGAAGACGGGUAUGAGUCAUGGUUCAUCAAAAGAAUUACUGAAUGUGUACUAAGGGAAUUGAAUCAUACAUACAUGAAUGUUGCAAAGUAUCCAGUCGGAAUUGAUUCUCCUGUGAAAGAUAUAGAGAAUUUAUUGCAAAGUCAAACAAAUGAUGGUGUGAAGAUGAUUGGAAUUUUUGGCACGGGUGGUGUUGGGAAAACAACCCUUGCUAAAGCUAUAUACAACAGGAAUUAUCUAAGGUUUGAAGGUAGUAGUUUUAUCGCAAACGUUAGAUCUGAAGCUUCCAGGGGACGAUUAGCUUGUUUACAAGAGAAACUUGUUUGCGAAACGCUCAAGAGAAAAAUACAUGAAAUAGAUGAUGUUGAUAGAGGAAUAACUUUAAUUAAAAGAAUACUGACAUCAAAAAAGGUUCUUAUUGUUCUUGAUGAUAUAGACCAUAGAAAUCAACUAAACUCAUUAGCAGGACAACGAGAUUGGUUUGGUUCAGGCAGUAUAAUUAUGAUAACAACUAGAGAUGUUCAAUUGUUGAGUAACCUUAGAGCACACGAAAAGUAUGAGGUCAACAUGUUAAACUUUAAUGAAUCUUUGCAACUCUUGAGUUGGCAUGCUUUUGGUGUCCCUGUACCAUUAGAGGAGUAUAGUGAACUAUCCAAAACGAUAGCAAGUUAUACUAAAGGGCUUCCAUUAGCCCUUGAAGUCGUAGGUUCUCAUUUACACGGAAGAUCAGUGCAAGAAUGGAGGGACGAUGCUGAGAAAUUAAAGAAGAUACCUCAUGGCGAAGUUCAAGAAAUUCUUAAAAUAAGCUAUGAUGCACUUGAUUAUGAUACUCAGUACAUCUUUCUUGAUAUUGCUUGUUUUUUCAUUGGGGAUGACAAAAACAACACUGUUAAGAUAUUGAAAGCUUGUGAUUUUUUUCCUGGAAGUGGAAUCAGAACUUUGACAGAUAGAUGCUUGUUAACAAUAAAUAAAGAUGACAAAUUUGAAAUGCAUGAUUUAGUUCGUGAUAUGGGUAGAGAAAUUGUUCGAAUGGAAUCCCCACAAGAUCCUGGCAAACGCAGUAGAUUGGUGGAUCCAAAGGAUGUCAUUGAUGUUCUUCAGGGAAAGAAGGGCACAAAUGCAAUUGAAGGGAUGAUUGUAAAUUCUGAUAUGUUAACGGAUGUGUCUUUCAACACCAAAGCAUUCAAAAGGAUGAAAAAUUUACGGAUACUCAUAUUGGAUGGUGUGUGUCUUAUUGGAUCUCUUGAAUAUUUGUCCCAUGAACUUAGACUGCUUAGGUUACGUAAUUGUCAUCUGAGUUGCAUAUCAUCUGAAUUUUUCUUUGGGAAACUUGUUGAGUUAGACAUGUCUCAUAGCAAUAUCAAAGAAUUUCAGCUCAAUAUGCAGCAUUUGACAUGCUUGAAGAUUUUAAAGCUUGAUGGUUGUAAACUUAAGAAAACGCCACACUUCACCGGAGCACAUAGCCUUGAGAAAUUAUCCUUUCAUAGUUGUUCAAAACUGGUCAAGGUGCACCAGUCAAUUGGAAGUUUGAAGGGACUUCUUGAGUUAGAUUUCAGCUCUUGCAGUGCACUAAAGGUGCUUCCAAGUAGCAUUUGUGAGUUAAAAUCAGUUAAGGUUUUACAUUUAGAGUCUUGCCAAAAACUGAAGGAGCUUCCAACUAACUUGGGAGACUUAGAGGAACUAAAACAUUUACAAGCUAGGGGAACUGCCAUCUCAAAUAUACCAUUUUCUUUGGGACGUUUGAGAAAUCUAGAGAUCCUGGAGUUGGGAGUAGGUUUCGUACCAUUAACAAGAACUCGUGGUCCUGCUCGUUUUCUUCCACCUUCAGUUGGGGAUUUAUGCAAAUUGCAAAGACUGAGUACACGUAACAUCAACCUGGGUGAAAUAGAUCUUCCAAAUGAUCUAGGGAGAUUGACCUCAUUGUCAGAUUUAGAUUUAUCAGGAUGUCUCUAUCUUCGAAAAUUACCAUUCAGCCCUGGUCAUCUUUCUAACUUGAAGAAUCUCUGCUUGGGUGACUGUAAAGAUCUUAGAGUACUUGAAGAACUUCCUCCUAAUUUGGAGGAACUCUCUGCAGGAAAUUGUGUCUCAUUAGAAAAAAUAGCAGAUAUAUCAACCUGUAAAAGACUCAGGCGUUUGUAUAUUCCCAACUGCAAAAACUUGGCUGAGCUUCCAGGCCUAGAGACUCUUGAAUCCUUAGAAACACUUGAGAUAAGAAAUUGCAGUGGUUUGAAUCCUCCGAUUGAAAACUGGUUCCAGGCACGUUGUGAAGGUGAUAGUUUCAAGAUUUGUCUUCUAGGAUGGGGAGUCAAUAAUAUAAAGUACAUUUUUCCAACACUUUUGGGGCGUAAAUUCUUAAGAACCAGUACCCCUAGAAUUUGCAGUCGCCCUUAUGGAGUUCGUGUCUCUAUCAGAAGCAGAACCACUGGUGCUUGGAUUGAAGAGGGAGGUGAAUAUAUUAGGUUUAGGUUUAAUGAGUUCAAAAGAAUUCACUUUGAGGUGCCAACAAUAAUUGGAGAAGUAUUAGAGGUGUAUGCACAAUUCAAUCCUACAGAGAUACUUAGUAUAUUUGACAUACACAGAAACGAAGAUGGGGAAGUGCGUUUCUUUCCAUCCACAAGGGGAUUUCAGCAAGCUGAACCAACACCUCAUAGGCUGAAACGUCAUAAAUUACUGCCUACUCAAGAUUUACCUGAUAGUGUGCUGCGAGGUUUCAAAAGUGGCUAGCAAGAAACAUGAAUGAUAUUUGGUGUCGUGGAGUUGUAAAUAUAUUUUUUUAGAAAAAGUUUGGUAAGAAUGUUGUUAAUUUAUUGAUAAGAUAUUUUCUAAUGUAUUUUUUGGUUGUGUGUGA